GAGGGGAAAAUCCCAAUCCCAGCAACCCCCGCGAGGCUCCUGGCACAAAGCUGGACAGUCGCCAUGACAAGUAAGGGCAAGCAGUUCGCCGGGGGGCGGUGGGAGUGAGACAGGAUUCUCGUCGUGCUGGUGCUGCAGCUACUUGACAUUGGGGUGGGGAAGUUCGACCAGCCAGAACUGGGAGGGCAGAAUCGGUGGAAACCAUUUUGGAAGACUCCCGCCACUGUGUCAAAUAUGAAGGUGGAAGAAAGAAAGACACUUGUCAUCCCUCUCCCGGAUAGCUGGAUAGUUUCUUCUCAUCGGCUAAAAUGCCACCUUUUUAGGAAGGACUUCCUUAAUAUCCCAAUCCAACGUAUUCCUUCAGAUACUCUGUAUCACACCAUCUUGUUUAAUUUCCUUCACAGCCCUUGCCGCUCUCUGCAAAGAUGUGUUCCUUGCCUUAAAUACACAGCAACGUAAGCCUUUUAGGGAGGGCAGAACCCUUGUGCUGCUAUCUUACUCAUUGUUGUAUUUCUCAGUGCCUGGUACAGUACUGGGUCGCAAGGAAGAGCUCAAUAAUAAAUACUUACUGAAUGAAUGAAAAGAGACGGAAGUGUGAGGAAUUUGGCGAAUGAGAAGCAAAAGGAUCAAAAUCAAGUAUAGCGCUAGCGCCCUCUUGCAGGUGAGGGGGGAGUAGGUGCUUUAAGAGUGACGGAGGGAGACGGCAGGGGGAGCUCAAGCCCUUCAAACAGAGGCGGAAGCUUUCGGACUACAACACCCAGCAGCCACCGGGAGCCCCAGGGCGUGAUGGGUACGGUAAACCCUCGUGACCUGUUACGUGCUUGCCCCGCCCCUCUCCCGGGUCGCCCGCGAAAUCCGAUCGGGAGGCGGAGGUCCAAUUGAAAGGUGCGGCCAAAUCCCGCGAGAGCGCGUGGCUCUUAGGGACCGAGCGGGUUGAGGAACGCCGAGCUUGCCACCUUGGUGUCCCUAGGUCCGCCUCGCCUUCCCGGGGUCUUCCGCCCCCUCCCGGAGGAAGGAGGCAGGCGCAGGUAGGUGCUCCAGUUCGGCGUCCGGAGCCUUGCGAACUCUGCGGCGGGGCGAGGGUUGCCCAGCGAGGCCAGUGUGGCCGCGCGUCCUCGGCAGCAUGAACACGCCGGAGGCGCCCGUGUUAGCCCCGGACCCGGACCCGGCCCCCGCCCCGGCCCGCCUCUCUCCUCAAGCUUCCCUGACGGAUAAAGACCCGGACCCUGAACUGGUACCACCGCCGGCCGAUGGGGACGAGCCGCCUCGCUUGUCCCCAGAUCCCAAGGCCGGUUCAGCUGGUUCCCAGGAGACGGGAGAGGGAGGCUCAGCUUCUAUCUCCGCUCCCCCGGAAACGGGGUUCGGUACUCCUAGGGAGCCGAGCCUUCCAGUCGAGAAGCCAGAACUUUCUGAGAAUGUGAGCCCUCCUGCAGAAGAGACGGACAGGCCGGAGCUGGGGCCCGGAGAGCCCACAGCACGUGUGUCUGAGGAAGCUCCUCCGGAGGAUGAGGGAUUCAGCACCUGGAGCUAUAGCUUCUCCCAGCUACCUCGAUUUCUCAGUGGUUCCUGGUCGGAGUUCAGCACCCAGCCCGAGAACUUCUUGAAGGGCUGUAAGUGGGCCCCUGAUGGUUCCUGCAUCUUGACCAACAGUGCUGAUAACAUCCUGCGUAUUUAUAACCUGCCCCCAGAGCUGUACAAUGAGGGGGAACAGCUGGAAUAUGCAGAAAUGGCCCCCGUCCUUCGAAUGGUGGAAGGUGACACCAUCUACGAUUACUGCUGGUAUUCGCUGAUGUCUUCAGCCGAGCCAGACACCUCCUACGUGGCCAGCAGCAGCCGGGAGAACCCCAUUCACAUCUGGGAUGCAUUCACCGGACAGCUCCGGGCUUCCUUCCGUGCCUACAACCACCUGGACGAGCUGACGGCAGCCCACUCGCUCUGCUUCUCCCCGGACGGCUCCCAGCUCUUCUGUGGCUUCAACAGGACCGUGCGUGUCUUUUCCACGGCCCGGCCUGGCCGUGACUGUGAGGUCCGAGCCACGUUUGCAAAAAAGCAGGGCCAGAGUGGCAUCAUCUCCUGCAUAGCCUUCAGCCCAGCCCAGCCGCUCUAUGCCUGUGGCUCCUACGGCCGUUCCCUGGGUCUGUAUGCCUGUGACGACGGCUCCCCUCUUGCCUUGCUGGGAGGACACCAAGGAGGCGUCACUCACCUUUGCUUUCACCCCGACGGCAACCGCUUCUUCUCAGGAGCCCGCAAGGAUGCUGAGCUUCUGUGCUGGGAUCUCCGGCAGCCUGGUCAUCCACUGUGGUCCCUGAGUCGAGAGGUGACCACCAAUCAGCGCGUCUACUUCGAUCUGGACCCGACUGGGCAGUUCUUAGUGAGCGGAAGCACCAACGGGGCGGUGUCCGUGUGGGACACCAGCGGGGCCGGACGUGAGGGGAAGCCGGAGCCAGUGCUGAGUUUUCUGCCCCAGAAGGACUGCACCAACGGAGUGAGCCUGCACCCCAGCCUGCCAUUGCUGGCCACCGCGUCCGGUCAGCGCGUGUUUCCGGAGCCCACGGACAGUGAGGACGAAGGGGAGCAGCGGGGGGACCUUCCUCUGCUUUCCAUGCGCCACGUCCGCUUUGAAAGUCAGCUUCAGCUCUGGUGGUGUGGGGGGGGCCCGGACACCGGGGUCGCUGACGCUCACCAGGACGGGCAGGGACAGGGAGGGACAGAGGAAGGUGGGGGCGAGUUGAUAUAAAAAGGUUUU